UGGUUCACGAACCCGGAAAUUGACCGGAAAAUGCAGGAAUAUUUCGCGCCAAAUUGAAACAACGCAGUAGACGCUCUCAGCGGUGGAAGAGACGGACUGAGGCACCAGUACAUCGGACUCAACUUUUAAAUUUUAAGUCGUUCUUUUUCGGUUAAGUGUGGCUAAUAUGGAGGACGCCAACAAGCUAAUCGGCGCUGGCAAGAAGCACCUGGUGAUGGGGAAGGUGGUGGAGGCGGUGAGCGCCCUGCAGGAGGCCUGUGGCAUGCUAGCUAAGAAGUAUGGGGAUACAGCAGACGAGUGCGGAGAGGCUUUCUUCUGGUGUGGUAAAGCUCUGCUGGAUUUGGCACGGAUGGAGAACUCUGUGCUGGGUAAUGCUCUGGAAGGAGUACCAGAAGAAGAGGAGGCAGAUGGAGAAAAACCCAAGGACUCCAACAUUGACAGCACAGAAAACAUUGAUGAGAAGACCAGAGAUGAGCUGAGGAUUCAAGUGUACGACGCCAUGGCAGAAAAGAAGGACGAACAGAAGAAAACUGAAAAUGCAGAGAAAGUGGAAGAGGAGCAGAACGGUGACGUAGAAAAGGCUGAGGCUGGUGAUGACCAGCAGAGCACGGUAAAGAAAGACGAAGAGGAGACCGAGUUCAGUGGUAGCAAAUCUGAAAGUGAGGACAAGACUGAAGAAGACAAGGAGGCUGCAAAAGAAUCGGGUGAUAAAGAAGAGGAGGAAGCAGAAGACGGUGAUGACGAAGACGGAGAUGACGUAGAAAUGGAGGGCGACGCAGAGGAGCAAGGUGAAGGAGAAGACACUGCUGAGAAGGACAGCGAGGAUGAGGAGGUGGGGAACCUGCAGCUGGCCUGGGAGAUGUUGGAAGUGGCUAAAGUUAUCUACAAAAGGAAAGAGACUAAGGAGGAGCAACUCAUGGCAGCCCAAGCUCACUUGAAACUGGGUGAAGUUUCUGCUGAAUCUGGAAAUUACACACAGGCGCUGGAGGAUUUCCAGGAGUGUCUGAAGCUGCAGAUGAAGCACCUGGACCCAGACAGCCGUCUGCUUGCUGAGACUCACUACCAGCUAGGCCUGACGUACAGCUUGAAUCUCCAGUACAGCCAGGCCAUCGAGGAGCUGAACAGCUCCAUCUCUGUCAUAAAGAGCAGACUGGACAAACUGAAGGAGCUGUUGGACAAGGCCGAGGACCCGGAGGCUCUGCCUGAGGAGAGGAAGGAGAUGGACGAGCUGAAGGCUCUGCUUCCAGAGAUCCAGGAGAAGGUGGAGGAUGCCACAGAGGGUCUGAAAACAGCAAGCGCUGCUGCUGGGGUUGUGAAGGGUGCACAGGAUGAAGGCUCCACUUCCUCUGCGUUCCCCGGGCCUGCUGGGCAGGAUGGGGACUCCUCAAAGAUUAACGGCACAGCAACCAACGGACACACAGCUGCAGUCUCUGACAUCUCCCACCUGGUCAGGAAGAAGAGGAAGCCAGAGGAGAGUCCAGUGAAGGAGGGCUUGGUAAAGAAGGUGAAGCAGGAUGCUGGUCAGACUAACGGAGUGCAGGAGCCUCAGACUAACGGUGUCCACAGUGGAGACACAAACGGACACUCUUAACGAUGCAAAAGUUGAGAGUGAGGAUGGACCUCCCUUCAUGAUGUUGCCUCUACAAGAAGAGCUUCACCAACAUGUCUCUUACUGUUUCUACACUUGUUUGCUGUUGUAAAUAUGUCUUUUUCUAGAGCUGUUGUCGUGUUUGUGCUUGUUCACAUAUGUAAGCUAUUAAGUUCAAUAAAAAAUAUAUAUAAUUUGUUAA